AUGCUCAAUUUGACAAGCAUAAGCCUCACAGAACCUAGCAAAAACUGGAAGCAUAGAUAUCGCAUCUCCGCCAGAUCGUCGCCUCGCCGCCUCAUCAUCGCCACGUCGCCGCCUCGCCUGCCCCUCGUUGCCGCCUGCCGCAUCUCCGCCUCAUCGCCUCCCAUCGCCUCCUGUUUGCACUCGGCUUCACCUCCACUUUGCACUCAUCUUUCCCCGUUGCCUGCACUCUGUUUCCCCCCUAUGUGCACUCACUAUACCGCCCUAUUUGCCCUCAAUUACACCCCUUGGGUGCGCUCAUUUUUCCCCCUUGUUUGCACAUUGCGAUGCCCCCCUCUGUCCACUCAACGUCCCCCAUACACGUCACCCCCUCAUCCUCUCUCCCCUCUUUCUAUCUCCGUCGAUCCCUUGGCCCCCUCUCUCCCUCAUUUCCCCCCUUCCUUCACCUCCUUUGCUCCCUCCAACCCCAUCAUUCCCUUCCCUCCUUCCCAUCAUUUCUCCUCUUCCCCCCAGGUCCCCACGUUUUUCUGCCCUUGGUACCCCUCUCUUCCCCCCCUGGUGUCCCUCAUUUCCCACCCUGGUUCCCCUCCUUGGAGCCCCCACUUGCCUUCACGAUUUCCUUGCUGCUUGUCCGCUGUAUAUCCUAAGCAUCCCACCUAUUCCUCAGUGCUUGCCGUCUCAGUGUCCUUGAUGCUUGUCCCCUCAUGUCCUCCUCUCUCGCCACUGUCCUCCUCUCUCCCCCCUGUCCUCCUCUCUCCCCCCUGUCCUCCUCUCUCCCCCCUGUCCUUGGCUCCCUCCCCCCCCCUGUCCUCCACUUUCUUCAACUGUUUGCUCCCUCCUAGUCCUCUGCUCUCCCCCCUAUCCUCCUCCCUCCCCCGCUGUCCUCUCCUCCGUCUCCUCCUCUUACCCCCUCCGUGUCGCGUCAUGGCCUGGCCGUAUCGUCUCCUCACCGCAUGCCCCAUUCUACCUAAGUCCCCUUCUGUCGCCCGCGCGCACUCCCCUCGAAAGAGCAUGCUCACUCCCCUCCAACGCGGUGGCACACUCCCUUCCCGUCACCCACGCUAA